GUUCGUUUAUACGGCACAACGGAAAAACGGCUCAUUUAGUAUCCUAUCAGUCGAUUUGUGGCAACAAGUGUCCUUCGAGGAUGUGUGUGAGAAGCUCACUGGGCAGUGUGAUUUUAAUUUACUUUGUCAUCUUGCUUCGUUUGGUCAACUUGGUGCUGGCCCAGAACGAAGGGAAUAUAUCGGAAUCGACGGUGGCCACGGGCCGCGAGGAGUGCGGCAGCACGCAGAAAAUGGUGGACGAGUGCUUCAAGGAUCUGCCGCCGCAUCUAAUGGAUUUCCUACAGAACACGAAAAUCGUCAUCAGCAAAAAGGAGAUCACCGCCAAGUGCAACAUAUUCAACCGUGGCAUGAGGUGCUUCGAUACUUACUCCAAGCGUUGCCUGGACGAUCGAAAGAUGGGCACGUUUAAGAAUAAUGUGGAGGGAGCUCGGCGAUUUUUCUACAAGUUCUGCGGCGACGCCGAUUUUCAGCGUGACUAUCUGAGGCACAAGGACUGCUUUGCAUACAUCCAACUGGACUGGGUCACCUGCACCACCGAGUUCGAGAACAUCCUUAGUGAAGAGGUGCACGACGAAAGGCGCAACGCCAGCGAAAAGUUCCUCGAAUUCUGCUGUGCCCGCUACGCGUACGAGAACUGCAUCUACAACAGUGCCCGCUUCAAGUGCUACAAAAACUCGGCGGAGUUUGCCCGCGAGACGGCCAAAAUGCUGUCGGAUGAGAAGCACUUUAGGAACUGUGCCGUCCUCCAGAACAUCUGUGCCCACGACGCCGCCGUGGCAUUGGCCCAGUGGCACUGGAUGGCGACGCCGAUGAUGCUGCUCCUGAUGCGGCUGGUGGUGCGGAUCUGGGCGUAAAUCGAUGUGAUGUUGGGGCUGCGGUUGCGGUCCGAGCUUGGGUUUUCUUAGUUUUCAUUGAUUUUUUUUUUUUUUUUGUUUUGGUUUUAUCCUUUUUGGAUUGUAGUUGUCCCUACGAGAAUGCCAAGCAUUUGAGCUACCUUUAGUAGCCCCAUCGAUAUGAAGAAAAAUGAAACUUCCUCUCUACGUGUCUGUGAAUUUUCCGGUGUCGUUUUUUUGGGACGAGUUUGCUGGGCGGGCGGGUUACUGGGUCGGAUAGCGACACUGGUUUUGUGUUUUUCGCUAAGCUAAGUUAACUUAAAUGCAUAUUUCAAAUAAAGGAAUAUUCACGUUGU